CAAUAUUCAUCAAGAAGCUUGCAGCCAUGGAAGGCCCUGACCAGACAAAUCCUUGCGCAAUCUGCCUCGGCAGCAUGCGCGCCGGCGGUGGGCAGGCCACCUUCACGGCGGAGUGCUCCCACACCUUCCACUUCAGCUGCAUCUCCACCAGCGUCGCGCACGGAAACCUCGUCUGCCCGCUCUGCAACGCGCAGUGGCGUGACUUGCCGUUCGUGCGGCCGACAUCGGUGCCACAACCGCCGCCCGGGCAUAUCCUGCAGCAUCGGCAACCGCCGCCCGCGCAUAUCAUGCAGCAUCGGCAACCGCCGCCCGCGCAUAUCCUGCAGCGUCGGCAACUGCCCAACCCGACGUCGGAUCCGGUCGUCGUCUUCGAUGACGACGAGCAGGUGGAGCCGGCCUCUGGGCCGACGGGGAGCCGGCAGACUUCUCCAGCCGGUGCAGCAUCCAACGGAGCGGUGGUCGUCAAUACGCGCACCGAGUGCUCGGCCGUCGCCAGGGACUCGUCCAACGACAACUUCGCCGUGCUCGUGCAUGUGAGGGCUCCCGGGAUGAUCGAAACCGAUGCGGCGCCGCGCGCGCCGCUGGACCUUGUGACGGUGCUCGACGUGAGCGGCAGCAUGAGCGGGCAGAAGCUGUCGCUGCUGAAGCAGGCCAUGCGGUUCGUCGUCGACAACCUAGGCCCCAACGAUCGCCUAUCCGUCGUGUCCUUCUCCUCCGACGCGCGCCGCGUGACCAGGCUCGCGCGCAUGACGGACGCCGGGAAGGCUUCUUGCAUCAGCGCCGUGGAGUCCCUGGCGGCGCGCGGUGGCACCAACAUCGCCGAGGGUCUCCGGACGGCCGCCAAGGUGCUCGACGAGCGCCGGCACAGGAACCCUGUUUCCAGCGUUGUGCUCCUCUCCGACGGCCAGGACACCUACACAUCGGUGACACGACGGGGCGGCGGGGCCAACUACGAGGCGCUCGUCCCGCCAUCCUUUCUGCGUACCGACGGCGAGUGGUCGGCGCCGAUCCACACUUUCGGGUUCGGCAACGACCACGACGCGGCGGCGAUGCACGUGAUCGCCGAGUCGACAGGCGGCACGUUCUCGUUCAUCGAGAAUGAGGCGGUAAUCCAGGACGCGUUCGCGCAGUGCAUCGGCGGGCUGCUCUCCGUCGUGGUCCAGGAGGCGCGCAUCGCCGUCACGUGCGUGCAUCCGGAGGUCCGUGUCAUUUCGGUCAGGUCAGGCCGCUAUGAGAGCCGCGUUGACGAAGACAGCCGCACCGCCUCUGUCCGGGUCAGGGAGCUGUACGCGGACGAGGAGAGGCGUUUCCUGUUGUUCCUGGCCGUGCCAAGAGCCGAAGCGGCGGACGGCAACAACACUAUGUGUCUGGUGAGAGUGGCCUGCAGCUACAGAGACGCGGCGACGGGCGCGGACAUCAACGUGACGGCGGAGGACGCGGUGGUGGCGAGGCCGGAGGAAGCGGGCGACGCGGAGCGGUCGCCGGAGGUGGAGCGGGAGCGCGUGCGGGUGGAGGCGGCGGAGGACAUCGCUGCGGCGAGGGCGGCGGCGGAGCGGGGCGCGCACGAGGAGGCAGUAGCGAUACUCGAGAACCGGCAGCGCGUGGUGGCGCAGUCGGGGGACGGCGACGCGGUGAUCGUGGCGCUGGGCGCCGAGCUGCUGGAGAUGCGUGAGCGUGUGUCGAGCCGGCAGAGCUACUUGCGCUCCGGGCGGGCGUACAUGCUCGCCGGGAUGAGCGCGCACGCGCAGCAGCGCGCCAACUCGAGGCAGAUGAUGCAGGAGCCGGUUAAUCAAUCUGGAAACUCGGACGGUCUUCCCAGAAUGGUGUCAUUUCGCGCCGUCGGCUCGUCGGCGGUGCAGGACGAGGCGACGUUGUCGUACUCGACGCCGGCAAUGCGCGCCAUGCUUCUGCGCUCCAGGAAUGCGUCGGCCAUGCAGGAGCCGGUUAAUCAAUCCGAGAAGCAGCCCACGGUUGGAGACGACGCGCAGAGCUCUGAACCGGAAGCCAAUAAGACGUAA